AUGUUUAAUCCUGCCUUCUCUGAUCCCCCCCUUCUUCCAGUGUCUCCCAAAUAUCUCCUGAUAGAACAGAGGCUAGGGGCAAGCUGCACAUGCUCAGUUUUAUGUUUUUUUUUUCUUGGGAGAGUGCAUGUGAUCAGAACAGGGCAAAUCAGCACUGGUCAAAUAGAGGUCAGGGGAUAUGCAUCCUCCUAGAGCAGAAAGAAAACUCCUCCUACAAGCUUUAGCUUGUGCUGGACUGGACACUGAUAGAAAUCACAAGACUGCUCUAACUGCUGAUAAGAAAAGGUAUUUAGCAGUUUAUAUUUACUAA